AUGGGCGAUUCCUAUUCUGGGAAUUUUCCUAAUGACCAACCAUCGCCGUUUAUGAAUGGAUACCGCUCAGGGACGAACCUAAUCAAGGUCAGGCCACCCCAAGCCGUUUGUGCUGCCACUUCCGACAGGACUCUUUACUGUGCCGAUGGAUGUGGGAUCAGCGAGGCCUUUCUUGGCUGUCUCCUUAUGUGGCCUGAUGUCAGCUCCAGCAUGUGUACUUGA